CGGUGAUCUGAACAUUCAACCAAAAAAAUUAAUGGAUAGGUAUUUGCGCUGCUCUGCUCUGUUGCGCUGUGGGUGGUAGCUUGCACCACCUAGCUUGCACCAUCUAGACGUUUGCCGAAUUUUUCGCCGAAUCUUUGCCGAAUUUUCCUUCAAAAGUUCUGCAUGUGCCAAACCGGCCGAAACCACAGUGGGCAGAAUCAGAGGCAGGAUCGAUCCACCCCACCACGACCAACGAGUUGGUCGUGCACCCCACACUGUCCCACAUUCGUUGUGCAUUCGCCCAUGAAUAACGAAGAACACAUGGAACGCCCACAUCGUGGCUUGCACCCUACUUGACAACCAACGUGCUCCUUACAAGCUUUCGAAGUCGUCCGUCGCCAAAACCACCCGCGCAAACGCCGGCAGCCAUGGCCUGCCAGGAGCAGAGCCACAAGUGCAAGGAAUGCUCCAAGUCUUUCAGCACCAAGUCGAGCCUCACCAGGCACCGCCAGUGCCACGCCACGGAGCCCCCGGUACUCUUUGCGUGCUCCCUCUGCCCCAUGACCUUUGGCAGGCGCGACCAGCUCACCACGCACAGGCGUCGCCACACGGCAGACCGGCCCCACCGGUGCCAGAUGUGCCCGAUGAACUUUUUGUUCCAGCGGGACCUCUCGCAGCACUUGCGCGUGCACUCGGGCGAGCGGCCGUUUGGCUGCAAACGGUGCCUCAAAAUGUUCCCGAGCCGCUCGGGCCUUGCCAAGCACGUCCACCAGGUGCACUCGUCCGUGAGGCCCCACGCCUGCGCCGUCUGCCCCAAGGCAUUUGCGCAGGCGGACGCAUUGACACGUCACGCACGCACGCACACCGACGAGCGCCCGUUCGUCUGCCGCCUGUGCCCGGUGAGCUUCCGGCAGAAGUGCCACCUGAAGGCCCACGUGGACGUGGAGCACGACGGAUGCCGCCCGUUCAAGUGCGACCGAUGCCCUAAGGCCUUCCUCCAGCGGUCGUGGCUGACCAAGCACCGCCGUGUGCACGCCGGUAUGCACAUCUACAAGUGCACGUCGUGCAGCCUGGACUUUCCGCGUCGGACGAUGCUUGCGGCACACGUCCGGACCCACUCGGACGAGGUCUGCUUCCGGUGCGAGCUGUGCCCCAAGGGCUACACCAACCGCCAGAACCUGACAAGGCACCUCCGGCUAGCCCACAGAGAGCAGACUGUGUAACGCUACGGUCCCCGGAACGCAGCUUCUCAAAUGGCGUGUUUAGUUUGUCCUACGAUGUGGUCCCUCAAUAGAACAUUUGCAGUAUUAUCAAGCGCACUGGCCCACACUCAAAGAAUCAUGGGAGACGUGUUCCUUCAGCUCCCUAGUGAUCGCUAAUUUUCGACCAACUCCAUGGUUACACAGUUUUUGAGCGUAAUUUGAGGUCACCCUGAACAAGCACCUGAUAUACCCCAAGGACCUGUCAUAUUACUUUUAAAUUUGCUCGUCAACGUCAGCAUUUUUUAUACUGCGUAUGCGGUCCACCUUUCAACCUGGCUGAGCUGCAGAAAUCCCUUACAAUAUUAUCAUUCUCGUGAUUGUUGUUUGAUCAGGAAUUGCUUAAAAAAAACGAUAAUUCACAACAACAAAAACCAGGAUUUAGCUCGGAGUCCGCAGGGCUCUUUAUAGAAUUUUUAGCGUUUCUAACUUAAUAUCAGCUUGAUAAUAAUGUAAGAGAUUUCUGCAGCCCAUCCAGGUUGAAGGGUGGACAGCAUGCACAGUAUCAAAAAUGCCGACAUUGAGAGAAAUUUUAAAAGCGAUAUGACAGGUCACUGGGGUAUAUCAGGCACUUGUUCAAGGUGACUCCGAAUUACGCUCAAAACCUGUGCAACCAAGAAUAGCGUUGAAAUUACCAAUCACUAAGGGGCCGAAGGAACACCGUUCCCAUGAUUCUUUUAGCGCGGGCCGGGGCACUUGGAGGAUAUCGCAAAUGGUCUAUUUCUGCAAGUAGCCAGGAGUCGAGGUGCCGCGAUAACAGCAACACUCGCAUUUGCUCAUGCUUGCUUCCGGAACUUCUACGCCCAAUCGCUUGGAUCGCGACAGCAUGGCACUCCGGCUUUUGCGACGUUAUGUAUCGCCACUUCAGGACCGCCGGUGGGCAAACUGGGAUUCCAAACGCACUAGUCGGAAACGGAUUUCAGGGACCGUAGUAUUGCUGCUUUAUUUUUCUAGGCCUUUCACCUCCGACCGCACCUUUCGUCAUGCGCCCCAUUUUUACGUGGGUUGAAUUCGAUCCCAGUGCCCACCGUAAAACAGGCUGGACGGGUCUGCCCCGGCCCGUAGAGCGCCGAAGCGCCGAAAUCUUUGUGGAGGGUGUAUUUUAGCGGUGGGUUUUACGUCCUGAAGCUUCGAGGCAUAGCUCCGUUUCUGCAAGAUAUGAGAAUGUCGUCCCUUAAAAUCGGAGCUGUGGAUAGCCAAGGAUAACCCAACGGACCAUUUCAGAAAUAUGUGGCACCUCCCAUCGUCUUUUUGAUGCAAUACGGUAGUCUGAUGUAUGGCGCGUGAACGAGUAGCCAUCAAUAGAAGGAGCGGUUCAUGUUGCUUUAGUACUUUGCAAUGUCGGAACACAAGGAAAGCGGGAUGAUGACAGAAGAGGGCAUGUAUUGGCCUUGUGGUUAGCGUGCUCAUUUUUCUUUGUGUUCUACAGUCGCGGUGAGCUGCAGGAUUGGCGAGAGGCCUUGUGAGACUUUCCGGAAAAAUCUUUUGGGCUUACAGUCAUUGCCUAGUCGAGCAUUGCCAAAGCUGCGAGUAUGCCUCAGCAGCAAGAUCACGGCGCUUAGAGGCCAUACUUGCAAACGUCUAUAGAGCACUAGUGCAAAGGUCUUCCAAAAGCAGACAGUGCCGAUGACUGACCCUUCGCGGCAGGUUUGCACAAUCACAUUUCGCUUUGUUUCGUAUAGAUUUUGCAUUAACUUUGCGUGCACAAAUAAUUUUAGAGGGAAGUUAGAUGACUUGCAUAUUACCUUCGGUCUGUUGAAGUGCCAAACGUGGUUCGCUCCACUCGAUCGUCUAUGUCAAUAGGCUUGUACUAAAUUUGGUGCAGAUGUUCUCAUUUUUCGAAAUCAGACGAGGGAAAACCCAGCGCUAAAAUAUGCCUUUAAUGAAAGCUUUGGCUCGCUAUCCGCAGUUGCCAAGUUUCCCAGCUCGUCUUACAGUUGCCCCCUGCACAUCAUUUCGCACAAAUAUUUUUGUUGAAUUUACGUGUGCAUGUUGUUUUUUUCCUCCAAGAUGCUCAAAAUGAAAUUUGUGUGAUUGAACACAUUUGUAAAAAUUGUACUCAAGUUGCACCAUUGUGAAUGUGCCUUUUAGGGUCUUGUUUUGGGAAAAUAAAAGGCAGUGUUUGAA